AUGAGUGUCUCCGAACCGACGGCCAAUGUGCCCAGCGAUGCUCCGGCCCAUUGCCCCGGCACACAGAGUGAAGAUGCGGGCAAAGCUUCCGCGUGUGCUGGAUGCCCAAAUCAGCAACUGUGUGCAACCGGUCCGAAAGGCCCUGAUCCGGCUAUAGCACUUGUGAAAGAGAAGCUGACCGAUGUGCGGAACAAAUUGUUGGUCCUGUCGGGGAAGGGUGGCGUUGGUAAGAGCACAGUAACGGCCCUUCUCUCCCGUGCCAUGGCCCAUCGUAGUCCGGAUCAAAACUUUGGCGUUCUCGAUAUCGACAUUUGUGGACCGUCGCAGCCGCGCGUGCUUGGUGUGUUGGGCGAACAGGUGCAUCAGUCCGGGUCGGGCUGGUCACCGGUGUACAUCGAGGACAAUCUCAGCCUGAUGUCGAUCGGGUUCCUGCUAGGCAGUCCGGAUGAUGCAAUCAUAUGGCGCGGACCGAAGAAGAACGGCAUGAUCCGACAGUUUCUCACCGAGGUGGAUUGGGGGCAGUUGGACUAUCUGCUGCUAGACACACCACCGGGUACGUCGGAUGAACAUUUAUCCGCAACGACUUUCCUCAAGGGUACAGACGGCUCGUGGGGUGCGAUUCUAGUUACAACACCACAGGAAGUGGCAUUACUUGAUGUGCGGAAGGAAAUAUCGUUCUGUAAGAAACUUGCCAUACCAGUGGUGGGUGUAAUCGAGAACAUGACCGCCUUCGUAUGUCCCAAAUGCACUACGGAAUCAAGAAUUUUCCCAGCCCGAACCGGUGGCGCUGAACAGAUGUGCACGGAAAUGGAAGUGCCGUACCUUGGUCAGCUUCCGCUCGAUCCCCGGCUGACCAAGUCUUGCGAUGAGGGUAAAGAUUUCGUCACCGAAUUCCGCACCAGUCCCACUGUGAAGGCGCUCGACGAAAUCGUAACGAAAGUGCGGCAGUUUUUUGGAGAUGAAAACAGUGAACAAUAA